UCAGAGCAUCCUGCCAUCCGCACUGGCGAUAACCUUUCUCCCUGGGAUUGCUCGGAGAGCGGCAGGUGACAGGAUCCCCGGGGGAUAUAACCAGGACUGGCACAUAGUGAGGGCAGUGUGCCCGGAGAGGGGGCAGAGAUGGGAUUUGCCUUGGAUUUGUGCAGGGUCCGCCCAUAUUGAUUGCAUCAAGGGGUUUGCCCACUGCAUCUUGUAUGGUGAAGUGUGGCAGAGGCUCCCAGUGCCCCCUCCUCCUCCUCUAUAGGUGUCUGUAUGGUGCAUGGCUGCUGUACACUGGGCACUGAGCUGCUUGCACCCAGGCCCCGCUGCUGCCCUUGCUGUGCUGUCUCCUGUGCCCACAUUCCCUGCUUUUGUCUGGGGUCCUGGCAGCCUUCACCAUGUGCUCCCAGCUGUGGCUCCUCACUGACAGGAAGAUCCUGGAGGACUAUCCUCAGAUGCACAUCCUGGAAGCACUGAAGCAGCGCUGCAAAGAACAGGAGCUGGACUUCUCAUUGGUGCUGAUGGAUCAGAUUGCCCUCACAGUCACUGAUGGCAAGCUGGGCUUGCAAAUUCAGCAGAAGAUUGUGACUGCUUACCCUCGGGUCAUACUGGUUCGGGUCCCGACUCCAACAGUGCAGUCCGAUAGCGAUAUUACUGUUUUGCGCCAUCUUGAAAAGCUAGGUUGUCGUCUUAUCAACCGCCCUCAAGCCAUUCUGAACUGCAUUAACAAGUUCUGGACAUUUCAGGAAUUAGCCGGACAUGGAAUUCCUUUACCGGAUACUUUCUCCUACGGUGGACACGAUGAAUUUGCAAAAUUGAUAGAUGCCGCGGAACCUCUUGGAUAUCCUGUUGUUGUGAAAAACACUAGAGGACAUCAAGGAAAAGCUGUAUUUCUUGCACAGGAUAAGCACCAUUUGCUGGACAUAUCUCAUUUAUUACGGCACGACGCUCCAUACCUGUUUCAGAAGUACGUGAAAGAGUCUCAUGGGAAAGAUAUCCGCGUGGUAAUUGUUGGCGAACGUAUCGUAGGAUCCAUGUUGCGAUCUUCCACCGAUGGCAGGAUGCAGAGUAAUUGCUGCUUGGGAGGCGUGGGCACCACCUUCCCUCUGAGUGAGCAGGGCAGAUUGUUAGCUAUGCAAGUGUCCAACAUCCUGGGGAUGGACAUAUGCGGCAUCGACCUUCUCUUGAAGGAUAAUGGAUCGUUCGUGGUUUGUGAGGCUAAUGCAAAUGUUGGUUUUACUGAAUUUGACCAGGCGUGUCAGCUAGAUCUGGCCGGUAUUAUUGCAGAUUACGCGAUAUCUCUUCUCCCCAUUAGGCCAUCAGAAGAGGUGUCUCUGCUAUCUGCAGCAUCCGGCCCUCCAGAAAUCAAUGAGACAAAAGCACUUGUGUCUGCCAGCACUCACCCCCCCGCUGAUGGAUCACGCUGUAGUAAUAGUGGAUCUGAUGUCAAGGAAAUCAGGGAUCCUACCAAUGCACCAAAGCCAAGUUCCCCGAUCCAGACCGAUCGCAUCUGUAAUGAUGUCGCAGAGUAAACUACCUCUUCAUUACCCGUGUAAAUAAAUGCACUUAUCAAUCACACUGGCCAACAUGGCUCACAAGGGGCUUGCUGCUAUAUAGUGCUGAAAAAUGUAAUCAUGUUGCUGCUUUCUUAUGUCGGGGGGUCUAAUAUAAUACAGUGGUCCCUCAAGUUACAAUAUGAAUCGGUUCCAGGACGACCGUUGUAUGUUGAAACCAUUGUAUGUUGAGACCAGAACUCUAUGGAAACCUGGGAAUUGGUUCUGAAGCCACCAAAAUGUCAUCCAAAAAUAGGGAAAA